GUGGAAAUAGAUGAUCAUUGUCGAAUAUUUGGUCGAAGAGUCGACAUUGUCAUACCACAAGCUGCUGCUUUAAACUUUGAUUUAAGUGACGCAACACGCGAUGGCCUAAAACUUAUUCGGGACUCGUUACAAGAGGAAAUCGAUCUAACGCGAAAGAAUCUCAACAAAUGGUUAAGUGGUCUUGAGAUUUUUGUACAAGAAUUAAGUGAAGAUUAUAAAGUUCCAUCAAUAGAGUCCGCGAUCAAACUGCAUUAUUAUUGGAAUGUACUUAAUUAUUCACCUAAGGAUGACAUAGAUGAAUCAUUAUUCAAGUUAUUUGCUGAUAAACCCGACCCUAAAGCUCUUUAUGAAGCACUUGAAAAUGAACAGCAUAGUAAUUAUGAUUCUGAUAAAAAUCAACAAGAGACAGAUAAUACGAAACGUGAAUAUGUCUAUUAUACCUUACCACUUCCAUCCGGAUUAAAAUUAUCAUCGGAUAGUAUUGCCAUCCUUAAGAAAAAAUUAAUGAUGCUUGAACAGGAUUAUAUGAAUCGUAAGAAUGAAGUAGAAGCAAUGUUGACAACUGUCAAAAAUCUUUAUGAUGAAUUAAACACUCCUUCAGAAGAAAGAAUAAAUUUAAUUUGUUCACUUGAUGAAGACUAUUUUAAUAAGUUAUCCUUGGAACUUAAACGUUUACGAGACAUCAUGCAUGUUGUUGUUGAAAAAGCUAUUGAAGAAGAAGUUUAUGAACUUCUUGCACAAGAAACGACGCGUUUGGAAGAACUUCAUGUUAAAUGUUCCAAGAUCUUUAAGUGGAUGUUGGAGAGACGUCAAUUGAUUGAGCAAGCGGAAAUUUCAGAACGCACCGUAAAUCAAAUGUUCUUCGGUUUUGAAAAAGAUGCUGCUAAGGGUUCAAUCCAAAAACAGGCCAAAGAUAACAAGAACACAACAACAAAACGUAAGGAGAGUAAGGAGAAUAAAUCAACACCAAAAGUUCCACAAAGCCGAUCAGUAUCGCCGGCUGCAUCUGUAAACGGUGAUCAAAGUCUAUCACAUAACAGUCAAUCAAUGCAACCUCCAGUAUCACCUACAUAUAGUAAUGGUUCCCGGACGCGUAAUAGUCAAAAACUUUCUCCUAGCAACUCGGUACCACUUUCAAAUUCUGAAAAUUUACCCAACAGAUCACGAAGAAGUAGCAAGGCUAUAAGCCGUUCCGUUUCUCCUGCAAAGUCUACCACAUCAUCACGUGCAACAUCACGUGCAACAUCACCAGAGAGAAGGGUAACCCGAAAACGAAGCACAAAUAACUUAAGUUUGACUCCACCUUUAAGUCCAACUCAUCGCGUGUCGAGUUCAGAUAAUUCAACGCUUCAUCCCGAAACUGCUGCUCAAAAGACGAAUAAACAUGAUGAUAAGAAUUUGACUGCCUCUCGUCGGUCAUCACUCUUUCUCGGUAAGGGUAACGCUACAUCAAAACGUAGCAAUAGUGUUUCUAGUACAUCAAGUGAAUCAUCAUCUGUUUCAUCCGUUGCUGCACCCUCUACACCAACUACUCUUACACCACCCUCAACUUCAUCUUAUAUUGUCAAUGGACAUUUAAGUGUACCCGUUACAUUAUCAAAAACUAGAAAAGAAACUGAUAAAAAUACUAUGAUUAAAAUAACAAUAGAUAACGAAGAUAACAAAAGUAAUGUAUCUUUAAUACCAGCCAAAGCUACAAAAGCUACAACACCUAAUACUGCAUCAACAAUGCCUUUAGCAAGAAAAACAAAUAAAGAUAUAGCAAAGGCUAGGCCUCGGAGUGUUGUUG